AUGUCCAUUGACCUCUCGCUCGACCGGAUUCGCAGGCUGCAAGCUAAACUCGUCCCUUACACCCGCCCAACGUGUCAUAUCACCGGCACAAAUGGCAAGGGCAGUGUAGCUGCACUGCUUUCGUCCAUCUUCCAAGCCUCAUCUGCUCGCACUGUUGGCCGCUUUAACAGCCCACAUUUAGUCUCAAUCCGCGACAGCAUUACCAUCAACAAUGAGCCUGUAUCCGCGGAUGUCUACGAGGCAGCACGGUCGCAUGUUGAGCAGACGGACGCGGCACACGCCAUCGGCGCCAGCAGUUUCGAGUUGCUGACUUGUACUGCGCUGCACAUUUUCGAGCGCGCGCAAGCAGACGCCGUUGUCCUCGAGGUGGGGAUGGGCGGACGCCUCGACGCGACAAAUAUCAUUCCGGACUCAACUGUGCUUGCGUCGGCCCUCACUGCCGUUGAUUUGGAUCAUCAGGCAUUUCUCGGAAGUUCUGUCUCUGCGAUCGCACUCGAAAAGGCAGGUAUCGCGCGCCCCGGGCGGCCGUUUGUACUGGGGAAGCAAGUUCACGCAGAAGUAGAGCCCGUCGUGCGCAGAGCAGCGGCUCAAGUCGGAGCAGAAAUAGUUCUCGCUCCUUCAGUCGUCCUACAUGGGAACAACUCUCCGGCGAUGUUGCCACCUCUCCCACAAUCCGUGCAAGCCCAGCUCCCGUGCUUCCCCGAAUCAAUUCGCGCUCUGCUUCCUCUGCACGGUGAGCACCAGCUCGCGAACCUUGGUACAGCUUUGGGCGUCGUCUCCGCGCUCUUUACUCACUGUCCGGUGGACCGGCUUCCCUGGUUGGCGCACCUCACUCCAGAUUCAAUCUCGCGCGGAAUACAGAAUACGAAGUGGCCAGGGCGACUCUCAUUCCACCAGCUCACCCCCUCGUCCGUGGUUCUUGCUGAUGGCGCGCACAAUCCCGCGUCAGCCUUUACCUUAGCAGCGUAUCUGAAGACUCUACUUCCGCGCCCUAUUACAUUCCUUGUCGCAUUGUCGCAUUCGCCACCCAAGUCUCCUUUAGAGACACUGGCUCCACUAUUAUCACUGCCAACUAGUUAUCGAGUUGGGCUUUUACAGUUCUCUCCUCCCGCCGGCAUGCCAUGGGUGCAGCCGGAAUCCCUUCCUAACUUGAGGGCUGUCGUCUCUCAGCUGGCACCAGAUGCAGAAAUUUGGGAGAGCUCGGCUGAAGAGCCGAUCGAGCAGCUGCGCUCCGCCUUAAAGUGGGCCGUGGAGGGAGACGAGUUGAUUGUGGUGGCCGGCAGUUUAUAUCUAGUGGCAGAUUUCUACAGGCUGUUGGAGGAAAAUCCGCUCUAG